AGUGAGGUUAUGUUUGACUUUGAUGAUUAUUUUUGGAAUUCUGCGAGUGAACCAGGGUUUACUUACUGCGUGUUUCAUGCAAUGUAUGUUUUAGAAAUUUAAAUAUAAAAUUUAUUAUGGAUUCUUCUUCUGGCGAAGAAAGUUUUACUUGGGAAAAGGCAUCCUAUGGGAGCGAUGCUAGUGAUGAGCCUUCUAAACUGGAAGUACAAGACGUCAACAAUACAAAAACUGAGCUUAAAGACAGAAAAAAAAGGAAACAUAACAUUGAAGAAAAUAGUUUUCAAGAAGAAGAGUGUCCUAAAAGGAAAAAGAUUAAAACAGAACCAGAAAGUGAUUCCGAAGCCAAGAAAAAAAUUAAGAAAAAAAUGAAAUUGUCUAAUAGUAAUGGAUAUUCUUAUAAUUUGAGUGAUUCUGAACAACAAGAGAAUGAUGAAUAUCUUAAUAUGCAAGUGAAGCAAGAGCAAAAGUGUCUGGAAUUAAGCAAUAGUAUAAAGUACGAAAAAAAUAAAAAGCAUAGAGAUAGUGAAUUCGAAAAUGUAGAUUCUAAAGAUAGCAAUGUGAAUGAUAACACAUCUAAAAAGAAAAAAAAUAAGAAGAAAAAAGAACUUACUAAUAAUGAGCUAUCAAUUGACAGUGCUACUGAAAAUGAUUUAUGUAACCAUGAAAACCAGGAUGAUAAUAUUGUACAAGAGAAAUAUGAGCUGAGUAAAAAGAGUCCCAAAAAGAAAAAAAGGAAGGAAAGACUGCCAAGUGAAAGUCAUGAUAGUCCUGAAAAUGAAAACAAAUUAAGUGCAGAAGAAACUAAAGUACAAAAUAAUAAAUCAAGUGAUUAUAAUUUUAAUGAGUCCAAUCAAAGUGAUCACAGCAAUGAUUUAGAUAGUAGCAUGGGUGUAAAUGACACAAAAUAUUCAAAAAAACAACAUCAAAACAGUAUAAACAUUCAUUCAACUGUUAGAAUUACUCAGUCUCAAAAUGAUUCACCAAGAAAGAUAACAUCAACUAAACAGAUUGAUUCUUCCCAUAACAAUGUAGCAGCUAUUGAUGACAAAAGCAAUUCAGCAUAUUAUAAUGAUGAAGAAAUUAGAAGUCACUCUAACAAUGUUUUAGAUGAUAGCACUUAUAAAAAUCAUUCUGAAUCAUUAAAAAAGCAAUUUUUCAAUACAACAAACAACCAAUCUCCCAUUAAAAUUGCUAAUAAUUCACCAAAAACAUUGUCAUCCAAACAGAGAAUGGACUCUCUUAACAAUGUAAGUAUUACUAAACCAGGAAGAUUAAUGGACCGAAUUUGUUAUGAAGAUGACCCUGACACAGAUACAGAUGUAACUCAAAGUAACAAUGAUACCUCAACAUACUUAAAAAAGUACUUGAAACAAAACAACAAUUUGCAACCAAUUGUAAAAGGGUUAAAAAAAGGUUCAGAAAUUACUGAUGAUGAUGAAUUGUGGAUAUUAAAAUGUCCUCAUGACAUUGAUAUACAAAAGUUAGAUAACACUUGUUUUAAUUUAGACAACAAAAGUAAAAUAAAAAUUCAUGGUGAAACAUAUUGUGGAAAUUUAGAUGAAAAUACAAGUACAAUAGCUAUUUUAUCCUCUGAUAAUUGUAAUUUUAUUAUUAAAAAUGUUGUUACAAGUGGUACAAUCAAUUUACGUAAAAGAUUACCAAAACCCCAUGUGCAAGAAGAUAAUGUUAUGGUAAAUAAUCAAACUGAUUUUAUUCCAUUGCCUAAAACUAAAUGUCGCCAUCCAUUGUUUGGCUCAGACUACAAGGACGCCAUUCAUGUUCGAAUGCGCGAGCGCGUAGACUCUGCAGCCGAGGACCCUGAGGUGUCCACAAUUUAUGAAAGAAAGAAGAAGAAAAAACAUCAUAAAAGAGAUUAUUACACUACAUUGAAACAAGAAUUAGACAAUUCAUUCGAAACAUCGCCAAAACUAGAAAAUGAAGCAGAUGUUACCAUAAAGAAGGCUAAGAAACGCAAACAUGUAACUGAAGAUGAAAGUUAUAAGAAAAAACCUAAAAGGAUAAAACUUGAGCCAGAUUCUGCAGAAGCUUGGGAGUCUGAAAAAGCAAUUGAAGAAAACCUAUUUAAUUUUUAGAUAAGUAGGCAUGUCUAUAUUGUCUAAGUAUGUUUCUGUAAAUAUUAUUAAAUGAUUAUUAGUGAUCCAACUGAUUCUGAGUAGGAUGUGAUCUAAAGUAAUUUAAUUAAUGCAUUGCUGCAGUUAUAACUAGCAUAAUUUUUAAUCCAUGGAAUGGCAAUAUUAUUUUUUCAAAAAUAGGUUGUUCAGUGUUCACUCCUACUAUGAAUAUUUAGGAUUACUACUAACUAAAAUAAUUUUAA